AUGGACCCUUCGAGAAGCCCGGACCAGUCCUCGACGACGCGGAAGAAACGGCGGAGGCCCGCUCUCGCAUGCGAACGAUGCCGCCACCGCAAAGUCCGCUGUGAUAGAAACCUCCCCUGCAACACCUGCGUCCGCACUGGUCACACCCUCUGCACGUACGUCUCACAGACCAAGCCGGCGGCACGUCCGCUCAGGAGCCCCGGCGCCAAUGGGUCCACUGGUCAUAUGGCUCCGGCCCGUGACAGUCUGUCCGACCCGGCUCACUCGGCUUUCAGGUCCCUGCCGCCACCGAGAUACUCUGCCCCGUCCAUGAUGAUGACCCAGAACGAUCUCGCUGUGCGGAGGAAACCUGGCGGGCCCAAGAGCCCCGUACAUGGGUCCGCCGAGCCCGAAGCGGGCUUUGGGAUCCCCGAUCCCAUCCUGCCGACGGCCCAGGCCCUGCGGGGUCUGAAGGAUCCCGAGUCGUCCGCGCUGAGGCUAGAUCUCGAGACCUCUGAGGGAGCCCCGCUCUUUGCGCCGACGCCCAUCCCCGUUGAGCAGCCGGGGCCAGCGGACCAUGGGAAGUACCGGUCCGACAACCCCGUGAGGGCCUCUGCUUCCGUCAGUGUCCUUGCGGAUACCGCGUCGACACCCGGCAGUUGUCCCAGCUCCUCCUCGACUGUCAAUGCUCUCACGGAGAGGGUGAAGCAGCUCGAGCAGCAGUUGUCAGACCUGACCGUGAGUGGCGGGAGUAGAAGCGACGGGCCGUCACGGUCUGCCCCGGUUCUGCGCGAAGGUCUGAAGUACAGUCGAGGUUGUGUUAGUAAGACUCGCUACUUUGGACAGAGUCACUGGAUGGCCUCGACCGAGAUGCUCUAUCGCAUGGGCAACAUCACCAGGAAGUUUGGGGGUGAAACGACUUCUCAACUCUACUCCGACCUCGAGGCGUGCAAAAAGCUGGCCCGCGUCGUCAAGGCUCGCCGCACUCCCGCCUUCAGCUCCAUAUCCAUCGGGAAGAGCAUGCCGUCUCGGGAGCUGGCCGACAUCCUCAUCGGCAACUACCUCCGCACAUUUGAGACGGUCCACCGCAUCGUCCACGUCCCAACGUUCAAGGCCGACUACGAGCAGUAUUGGGAGAACCCUUCCGAAGCGAGCGAACCCUUCGUCGUCCUCAUGCAGCUUUGCAUGGGCAUCGGCGCCACCGUUUACGACGAGCGGUUCACCCUCCGUAUCCUCGCGACUCAGUGGUUCUGGGAAGGCAUGUUCUGGCUCAUCACGCCGUGCGAGAAGUCCAAGAUGACCAUCACCGGCAUCCAGAUCCGCUGUCUGAUGCACUUCCUGCGGCACACCGCCAACAUCGGCUGCGACCUAUCCUGGAUCGGCGCCGGCGCGCUCGUCAGAACGGCCAUGUACAUGGGGUUCCACCGCGAACCCAAGGCGAUCGUCAAGAUGACGCCCUACCGCGCCGAGAUGCGCCGCAGGCUCUGGGUCACCGUGCUGGAGAUGGCGCUGCAGACGAGCAUCGACUCGGGCGGGCCGCCGCUCAUCUCGAUGCAUGAUUACGACACGGAGCCGCCGGCCAACAUUGACGACGAGCAGCUCGUCGAGGACGCGGACUCGGCCUACCCCGUGCCGAAGGACGCAAAGACCUACACUCAGAUGACGGUGCCCAUCGCCUUGUUCGGGACGUUCGCGGCCCGUCUCGCCACCGCCAAGCGCGUCAACGACUUCCGGUCCGACACCGUGUACGAGGAGACGCUGCGGUACAGCAACGGGCUGAGCAGCUCGCUGCAGCGGAUGAUGCGGCAGCUCCAGUCGCACGCGUCCGUGACGGCCUUCCAGCUCCGCCACGUGGAGGUCGUGUCGUACCGCUUCUUCUUCGCCCUGCACCAACCCAUCAUCCCGCUGGCUCUGCGGAACCCGAUGUAUUACUUCUCCAGGAUGGUCAUGUUCGACACGGCCCUGCGGCUGUGCGAAUCUGCUUUUCUGUGCCCCGACGAAUCGGGCUCCGGCGCGGCCAAGCCCGCCACCCCGUCAGAGGUGGACUUCCAGCGGUUGACGAUCAACGGCGCCGGGACGUACCGCUCCGUCACGCUGCAGAGCAUAAUGGUCAUCGGGCUCGAGCUGUGCAACCUCAAAGAGGAGGAGCUGACGAACGGGCCGGCGAUGCCCUUCGUCGGGUCCGAGGCCCAGCUCCGCGGCAUCAUCAACACGUUCCACGACUGGUUCCGCAGGCGGAUCCUGUCCGGCGAGACCAACGUAAAGGGCCACCUCUUCAGCGCCCUCCUCACCUCGCACAUCAGCAGCAUGGAGAACGGCUUCGAUGACGAACGCUUCGGGGAGUACUUCAGGGCGACCUGUCAGGAGCGGGUGGCUGAGUGUUCCGAAAUGCUUCGCGAGCUGGCCGGGGACAGCGCGCCGGACGUACCCAGCGUCCACGACCUGGACAUGGACUUUGACGGGGUCGACCUCCUGGGGGAUUGGGACUGGGAGUCCAUGGAAGACGACGGCGGCAUCGGGUACAUGAAUUUCGGCGCUGUCCCCGACAUGCUGUUCCCCUAG